UGGAAACCCGCCUUUACAAAAAAUUAAGGUUAGAAUAUUUUGCUGACGUAUCUCGUGCUGCGUGGCUGUGAACUGUGAAGCUGGUGUGACAAGCUGCGUAACAACAGGUGUCUGUUCCAUCUUUUCUUCGUCGUGCUUACAUCGUAAAAUAUAACAGCAGGCUUUACUCGUGCAUUCUUCUGUUACUUUCGUACUCAAUGAUCAUUGACCGUAGUAUCCGAAAAGAAGUGUUGUUAGUUAUUAUUUAUUAUUACACAAGAUCAAAGUGUUUAUACAGAUAACAAUUUAAUAAUUUUUAUAUAAUUUGUGUUGUUUAUAUCAUGAAAUCGUGAUCGCACAUACCUCGUUAGAUACUCAUAACUCAUAUUCGACAUUCGCAAGCGGUGACUGCAUUAUGAUGGUUUAAAAUUGUAAAUACUUAUUGUCACAGUCCCACUGAGCACAUACUACACAUUAUUUAGUAUUGACACUCUUAUAUGUUUUUGAAAGUUCUAAAGCCAAAAAUGUUCAAGAUUUCACCAAAAAUAUGUAUGCCACAAAAUAUAAGACAACUUAGAUACAUUAAACAAGAAUCUAUUGAUGAACCCACAGAAGACAAUGUUAAUUAUGAUGCUAAUGAUUGUCAAACAACUUGUGACAUAAAAGAUUUUAAAUGUAAAAUAGAAAAUCUAGAAGCUGCGAUAAAAACUGAAGUGGAUGCAAUUGGCGAUAAUAUAUAUGAAACUUUUAUCAAGAGUGAAUACAAUGAUGUACCAUCAAUUGUGUCUAAUACAAUUGACAAGUUACACAUUGGAAAUAAUCCUAAACAUUCCAAUAUCAACACAAAACCCUUAACUACAGUUAAACACAAAGUGAAAUCGUCAAAAAAAAAUGAGGAAAAACCACACAAAUGUACUAUUUGUAACAAAUCAUUUGCAUGUCAAAGAUAUCUUACUCAACACUUUAAGAUUCAUAAGACUACUAUAACAUACAAAUGUGAUGUUUGUAAAGAAUCAUUUUCUAAUGCAUCAAGAUUUAAUAGGCAUACAAUGAUUCAUAAACCUGGCUAUGAUAUAUUAAAACCAUACAGAUGUCAUAUUUGUUUUAAAUCGUUUGCUCAAUUAUCAUAUUUAUGUAAACACAAAAUUAUUCAUAGAGCUCAUAAACCAUUUAUUUGUGCUAUAUGUAAUAAAUCAUUUUUUCAGAAACAUAGUAUGAGAAAACAUAUUAGGAUUCAUACAGGAGAAAAACCUUACAAAUGUUUAAUUUGUAACAAAUCUUUUUCUGAUGUAUCAAAUUUAAAUAGACACAAAGUGAUUCAUAUACCCUAUGAUCCAUUAAAUCCGAAUGCUCAAAAACCAUAUAAAUGUAAUAUUUGUUUUAAAUCAUAUUCACAAAACCACGAACUCACAAAACACAAAAAGAUUCAUACGGGUGAAAGACCAUUCAAAUGCAAUGUUUGUAAAAAAUCAUGUUUACGUAAACAAGAUAUGCAAAGACAUGUUAAAAUUCAUACGGGAGAGAAACCAUUUGAAUGUUUGGUAUGUAAUAAAUUUUUUACUCUUGAAUCAAAUUUAAAAAAACAUAAAAAACUUCAUAAUAUACCCCGCGAUAUGUUAUAUAAAUGUGAUAUUUGUAAUGAAUCUUUUUUACGAAAAUACCACAUGAAAAGUCACAUUCAGAUUCAUAUGGAAGAAAAACCAUAUAAAUGCAUGACCUGUUAUAAAUCUUUUCUACAUGCGUCAAGUUUAAGUAAACACAAAAUUGUUCAUAAAACCAAUAAACCAUUUAAUUGUGCUAUCUGCAAAAAAUCAUUUUCUCAGAAAAAACAAAUAAAAAUUCACCUGAAAAAACACAAAAUAUAGUAUAAUAGAUAAAAAAGAGAAUAUGAAGAUAAAAUAUAUCUAUUCUUUCGUUAAACUAUAUUUUUUAUUUUUUAUGUAAUAUUAAAUUUAGUAGAUACAAAAUAGAAGAGUAUAUAUUUUUUAUUAUAUAAUACCUAAUACCUAUACAUAUUAUUUGAGUUAUAAAAUUAACAUGGUUUACUUAACCGAUUUUACAAAUUAUUUUAUUUUUAAGGAAUAUAUGGAAUCAUUUAUUAAUGUUUUGUGACUACACAUUAUCCAUUAUCUACAUUGUGUCUUUAUCAUAAUUAUAAUUUAUUAUAAUCUUAUUAUUAUUUUUAUAUUGCGUUUUCCUGAUCUAAAAAUUGGUUCGACAUCUGAAUUUUUAUUAACUCUUUAUUUUUUAUUAUUUAAAAAAUUUUGUAUAGAACAAUCUUUUCCUGAAAAAUUGUUUAAUAUAGUUUAAGAAAUAAAUAUUAGGAUUAAAUUAAUCUGUAGGUACUUUACUUUAAAAUAUAUGUUUACUUUAUUUAUGUUAUAUUACUCAAUAUUAUACAUUUUAAUAUACAUAUUUAGAUUUCACAAAAUUAGUUUAGUUUAUAAUUUUGGAGUUAAGUUAUGAAUUAUUAUAUUUUCAUAAGAUAUUAUUGUAUUUUAUCCAUAUUUUUUGGUUAUUGUUCAGUGGCUUAUAUAGGGUGGUGGGUAGGGGUUCAAACCUACCCACUCCCUCUCCAUGAAAUUAAUUCCUAUAUACGCCACUGUAAUUGUUAACUGUAUGAUUAUUUGGUAAAUAUGUAACAAUUAUGUAUUUAUGUUGUGUGCUUAACAAUGUGUUAAAUUUCAAAGGGCUUGUCCCAUGAAUUUAUAAUAAAUAAAUAAUUAGUUACAAUUAA